UAUAGAGUAAGUGGAUUUAUUGUGUUUGUACGUGCUGCAUGUAUUUGGAAUGACCAUGACCACUACAACCUUGGCUUCUUUAAUAGUGUUUGGAGAUUUAUGGAACGCUUUGGCCUCUGGAAAUCUAGAUUUUUUUGGGAAAUGUCCCACGUCACUACAGCUGUUCUCGCAGGAAAUGCAAUUGAAAAUGCAGAGUAUGCAGCCAAUCAGAAUGGUGCAUGUAACCCCAACUGGGGAGUACUCUAUACAUAUGUAGGAGCAAACCAUUACUUUCUGGCUGCAUCUUUCAUGGCUCACGCAGUGGGUCACAUUGUUAAUUUAGAGCAUGAUAAACCUGGCUGUGUUUGUUUCCGAAGGAGCUCUUGUGUCAUGAAUGAAUUUCCUGCGCUUCAGGAUAUGCUAAGCAAUUGUUCCCAUGAUAGGAUACUUACCUUUGUCAAUGGCUGGGACCCUUGCUUUAGUCAAUCCCGUACACCAUAUAACAACAUAAAUUAUGCAGUUCCUCGUUGUGGAAAUAAGAUAGUGGAUGAAGGUGAAAAAUGUGACUGUGGUUCUUUUAAAGACUGUUUCUCUGAUGAGUGUUGUGGAACAAAUUGUCAGUUAACUCCGGGCAGCUCUUGUAAUGCAGGAGAUUGCUGUGAUUCCUGUAAGUUUGCUCGCAGUGGGAAACUAUGCAGAGACAAACUUGGUAUUUGUGAUCUUCCAGAAUUCUGUAAUGGAAUGUCAGAGCACUGCCCACAAGAUUUUUACAUCAUGGAUGGAACUCCUUGUUCUCCACUAGCAGUUUGCAUGUCAGGAAACUGUAGCGACCGUGAUUUGCAGUGUCAAGCUCUUUUUGGACACAAAGUAAAGGAUGCUUCACCAGCAUGCUAUAGAGAAUUAAAUUCCAGAGGUGACCGAUUUGGAAACUGUGGGAUUAGAGAGUUACAUGGAGGAAGCCAACCUGUUGCAUGUCAAAAGGAGGAUGUUUUAUGUGGACAGAUUCACUGUGAUCAUGUGAAGUAUGUUCCUGGUGGUGGUGAACACACUACCUUUCGUCACAUAAAGGUAUAUGAUGUUAAAGAAGAAAACUGCUUUGGGUACGAUGCACACCAUGGGACAGAACUUCCAGAAAUGAGCUAUGUAAUGGAUGGUGCAACCUGUGGCCCAGGGAAAUUCUGCCAACAUCAGAGAUGUGUUUUUCAUCAAACUUUGAAUUUUCGAUGUAACAUUAGUUCAUGUAACUUCAGAGGGGUGUGUAACAACAAUGGCAACUGUCACUGUGUCCAAGGUUGGCAACCACCAGAUUGUAUACAAAGAGGAACAGGUGGUAGUAUAAACAGUGGCCCUCCAAUUACUGCUGGGAAAAGAUUUAAAGCCAAAGUACAUAUCAGUAUCAGCAGGCUAAUAAUGCUUGUAGGUACUCGCAUCCUUCUUGUCUUGGCUUCGAUUACGUCUGGUGCUAUUUCAAAAGCAGUAUUACGUCCACAAGAGCCCCUACGUCCACAAAUGUCCCUACGUCCCCCCCCCCCGUUAAUAAAUAAAUGAUUUCAUCCCAAACUCAUUGGAGCCACGCAAUGGACAAAUCCAUGUCAAUUACCAGAAGAAGUUGUCAAUGAAGUCUCUUGACUGUCAUGUAACCAUUCACAAAUCUGAGAAUUCCAUCUUGAAAUAAAAUCACUGAGGACUUAGUAUUGAA